AUUCCUCAGUAAACUGGCGAGCUCGUAACCGAGAACAGUGGCUGAAGUAUAAAUAAAUAUACAGUACGAAAAUCCACCUCAGUGUCCUGAAAUCAAAUGAACGAUCCCUUAAUAAAAUGGAACCCUAAACUCGUACAUAUAAAUCUCCAAGAACAGUUCCCUCGCUUAAUUUUAAGCGAAUAAGGACGUGCCGAAAGGUGUUCGCUGAAUUAAACCGCGAGAGUGAAUUCCCAUCGUAAAAAGCGACUAAGGACGUGCCGAAAGGUGUUCGCGAAAUUAAAUCGCAAGAGUGCCAUUCCCAUCGUACAUACAGAUUAUCGAAAUCAACCGAACGAUCACUUGACGCUGAAUAAAAUGGAAUCCUAAACUUGUACAUAUAAAUCUCCAAGUACAGUUCCUUGGUUUAAUUUUAACGCGAAUAAUAAUACACGCCGAAAGGUGUUCGCGAAAUUAAAUCGCAAGAGUGAAUUCCCAUCGUGAAUACAGAUUAAUAUAGCGUUCCGUUAUCAAGAGUGCUAUCUAGCCUUCGAGUAUCUACCUUAAAGUAUUUAUUCGAGGCUCGGUUGAUACUAGCUUAACCGGAGUAUAUAAUAGUAUAUGCCAGUCAGUGAUUCGCUCUGACAUUGUUGGAAGUGUGCGAAGUCUAAAUUUAAAGCUUCCUCCACACCGGGCCUGCUUCAUUCGCUAAUAGGCAGAGAUCGUUCGAGUCUCUUGGCAGAAGAAAUCUCGGAAUACAGAGGUAUAUACUCGGUGUCUGAUAUAGUAGGAGUAAUCAAAGGCUGGGCAAUCGUCAUCCUCCGAAAUAAGGCAUCAUGUCGCUGAGUAAACGCGUGAGACACUGUCGCAGGUGCAUUCCGCUUUCGAGGCAUUUCACGGAAAGCACCGAAAACAGACUUCCUGUUAGAAAUGCAGGAACCGUGGCAGAGAAAAUGUCGAGUCCGAUGAACGGUAUGCAGGGAGUGAAAAUGUCGAUGCAGAAUCAGUGGAAAUUCUUGACUCAAUUGAGGGAUUAUUUGAAUAAGUUUGGAUAUGACAAGAACCUUCAGUUUGUAGCAUCUAAGGAAUGGGUGGAAUUCUUGCAAAAGGUCGCAUAUACCCAAGUGGACGGUAUUAGAAAGUUUUCAUUAGCCAAUGUUAUUAAGAGCAAAGAACAAAGUAUCGCUCAAGAUUCGGUUGCACUAAAACAGAGAAAGGAAGAGGUUCAAAAUAUCAUAGAGACAUCAAAAGUAUUGGAGCCAGAAGAAGCUAAGCAGGAAGCAUUUGUGGAAGAAAAUGUACCCGUCGCAAGACCGAUUACAAAAGAACAGAGUUAUACGUUACCACAAGUACUAAGCGAUCUAAUUCCGAAAUUGAACAUAAAGAGUAAAGCCACUUUGUCGUCGACACCUAAAUGGAAGUCUAACAUUCACAGUACCAUCUCCAAACAUAGCAUUGCUUCAAGGACGCGACAUGUUUUGAACAGUAUUAAAACGGCAGAAUCCAAUGCAUCAAAAUGGAGGAGGAUAGAAGACCUUUUGUUGCAUAUCGAACAGUAUCCAGAAGCGAGGCAUCAUGCGAUCAAGGAGGGCGCAAUUAGUAUCUUGUUGAGAAUUCGUCAGACUACAAAAGAGGAACAAAUCAAAGGGUCCAUCAGAGAGGCUCUCACGAUACUAGGACACGUCGAUCCAUUGCCCGGGCAAGGUAUCCGAAUUUUAUCCAUCGAUGGCGGUGGUGUACGAGGAGUUUUAGUUGUUGAGAUGCUGAAGAAGAUAGAAACAUUAACUGGAAAAAGAAUAUAUGAAUGUUUUGAUUAUAUAUGCGGUGUGAGCACUGGAGCCAUUCUUUCUGCAAUCCUAGGCGGUGAUAAGAGAAAAACCUUGGAUGAGCUCUCAGAAUUGUACAAAGAAAUUGGUACAAAGAUAUUCACGCAGAGUCCAAUUCGAGGUACUAGCAGCUUAGUAUGGAGUCAUGCAUAUUAUGAUACAGCAUUAUGGGAAGAAUUGUUAAAGGAACAGCUGGGUGAUAAAGACCUUAUCAAAACUGCGAGGGAUUCAAAUUCUCCGAAGUUCUCUGUCAUCUCAACUGUAGUUAAUCAUGCACGUGUCAUGGCCUACGUCUUUAGAAAUUACACUUUGCCGCAUGGUAUCGAGAGCCAAUAUAUGGGAUCAUACAGACAUAAAUUAUGGGAAGCUGUUAGAGCUUCCGCUGCUGCACCUAGUUACUUUGAAGAAUACAAAAAUGGAGAAUUCCUUCACCAGGACGGAGGAAUAAUAGUGAAUAAUCCAUGUGCUGUAGCGAUUCACGAAGCCAAGCAACUAUGGCCCAACAAUCCUAUUCAGUGUGUUGUAUCAUUCGGCACAGGAAGGGCUCCUUCGAACAUCAGUGGAACCGAUGAGAUUGUGAAAGAAGUUCCCGUUCUUUCGAGUUGGAAGGAGAAAUUCUUCAAAAUUCUUGACAGCGCAACCGACACAGAAGCCGUUCAUACGAUGUUGAAUGAUCUUUUGCCAGACCAUGUAUACUUCAGAUUUAAUCCAUACUUAACGGAGAUGUUAACAAUGGUCGAAAUACGACCAGAAAAGAUUAAGCAGCUGGAACAAGAUGCCAGGAUGUAUAUUCGCAGGAACGAGGAAAAGUUUCAAGACGCCGCAAAAUCUCUCUUGAAAGAAAGAACUUUGUUACAGAAGGCAGCAGACUGGGCGAAUCUGCAAAAGCAAAUUUUUAAUCUUUAAGUUUGAUUUAUUCCGUUGUUUAAUCCUAUUGCAAAAACAAAUUGUAUCACUAGAUACUUUAAUGCAGCAUGGCUGCGAAACUUUAAUUACUUUGCAGUCAAUUUCAUAUAUUUUGUACAUAAAUCAUACUAUAGAAAGUUCUUACGUUAGUAAAAUAUCUCGAAGGACAUAGAAAUAUGUAUGCAACAUAUUUUGUGAGAAAUAAGAGUAGCAUAGAUUUUGCCAUUCAAUUUGCCAAAGGAUAAAGUGAAUAUCUUUACUUAAAGAUAGAUCCUUCAUUAAAAUGUAUCGAUGUUUUAAUUUUUAUACCAUUGUGUAUAUUUUCAUAUUAGUAUUAUACUGUACGAAAUAUGAUGUAUGAGAUGUGAAGCUAUUAAUGUGAUAUGAGCAAUGAGUACUUUUAAAGUUGUUUCCCUAGUGAAUUCUUAAUAGGUUCUGUGAAAAACAUGUACCUGAAAAUAAUCUAUAUAUAUUUGAUCUUACGAAUAAAUAAAAUACUUUCUAUUAUUACACAACGAAAAUACAAUA